GUCUCACCUUGUCUCUCCUUUUGUCUGUUUAGUAUGUUCUCAUCUAUAUCCGAAAAAAAACAUUUGUAAAUUAUAUCAGCAUCAUCAUCAUGACCACCAACUGAUCUAGUUUACCUGUGACUAAAAAAAAAUAAAUAAAUAAUCCUUGAAAUUAAAAUAGUGUCAAGUCUAUAUAUAUAUAUUAUUUCGAAUCAAUAAUUUACUAUUUUUUUUUUAUUUUUUAUUUCUAUUAUUUCGCGAGUGUUGUAAUAGAAAUAAUAUUAUUUCUAAAUUACUUUCUCAAUCUAAAAAAAAUAUCAAAAAAAUUCAUAUUAUAAUUAUAAAUAUAUUUAUAAAAAAAAUAAAUAAAUAAUAAAUCGUAAAAGUAUAAAUAAGCUAUGAAAAAAAUAUUUAAAAAUAGUUUUUUUUAAAUAAUCCAGCUGUUUUUUCUAUAUGAAAAAAAAAAAAGAGAUACACACUUUUUUAAAAAACAGAAGGUAAGACAACGACCUUCACAGUGCCUCCAGGAAGAAGAAAGAAAAUAAACAAACUUGUUUUAAAAAAAAAAAAACAUUUAAAAAACAACAACAAAUAACAGGAAAUUUAAAAAUUACAAAAAAAAAUUUUUUUUUAAAAGUGAUUGAAGAGAAUAAAAAAGGGCCAAGUGAAAACAAGUUUUGUUACUUUAUUUUAUUGCAAAAAUUUUCUAUAAAUCUUUUAUGGAAUAUUAUUUGUUUAUAAAAAUAUAUAAAUAAAUAAAUGACAAUUAUUUAAUGAAUAAUAUUUGAUUAAUAUAAUUAUUGAAAAUAUUGAAAUGCCACCUUCAUCACACUCAAAUUGGAAAAAGCCACUAAUUAAAAGUGGACAAAUGAUGAAAAUGCAAGUUAAACAUACAACAAUUAAUCAUCAACAAACAAAUAAUAAUAUUAUUGAUAAUUGUACAAGUAAUCAUCAAUUAAUUGAUAGAAAAAUUAAAGUUGUACUUGUUGGUGAUGGAGCUGUUGGUAAAACAAGUCUUGUUGUUUCAUAUUCAACAAAUGGAUUUCCUGGUGAAUAUAUACCAACAGCAUUUGACAAUUACAAUGUUGUCGUUAAUGUUGAUGGACUUCCAUUGAACGUACAAAUUUGUGACACAGCUGGUCAAGAUGAUUUUGAUCCACUAAGAUCACUGUGUUAUCCAGAAACAGAUGUAUUUUUAGUUUGCUUCAGUGUUGUAUGUCCAUCAUCAUAUCACAGUGUCAGUACUCGUUGGUUUGAUGAAGUACGAAAAUACUGUCCAAAUGUUCCAGUAAUUAUAGUUGGUACAAAAUGUGAUUUACGAUCAGAUGUGAGAUUAAUGUUACAAUUGGCAAGAUAUGGACAAUCACCAAUUUCAACAAAUCAAGGAAAUGAAUUAGCACAACGUUUAGGUGCUGUUUGUUAUGUUGAAACAUCAGCAUUAACACAACAUGAUCUUAAAGAAGCAUUUGAUCAAGCAAUUGUAAGUGCAAUGAGUACCAGAAAAAAUAGUAAUAAUUUAUUAACAAUAAAUAGAAGAAAAUUAUCAUCAAGAUGGAGACGUUGGUUUUGUUGUUUAGAAAAUAAUACAACAAAUUCAUAAAACAAAAAAUAAUAUUGUUAUGAUAAAAUUAAAUUGUGGUCUUGAUUUUUAUCAAAUAAUCCAGACACUUUUUAUUUUUAUUUCUUUAUUUUUUACUGUGAUGAUUUGACAUUGUUAAAUAUCGACUUUACGCCUUUUUUUAUAUUUUUUAUCUUGAAUUAUACAAGGAGAGACAAAAAAAAAAAAAAAACACGAGCGUUGGUUGAAAAGUGAAUAUAGGCUUUUGCGUAGGUGGCUAGACAAUAUUAUAAUAAUGUAUACUUGAUGUCUUGCCAACACUUAAUUUAAUUUUGUUAAUUUUUUUUAUAAAAUGAUAUUAAUUUGGUUUUUUUUUUAAUAUCAAUAUCUAAG